CCUAGGGUAAAUUCAGGUGUACUUUCAGACUUUCAUGGUGGACAUGGUGGCACUGGUGUGUGGAGACCGCUGAGAUUUCACCUUCCUCCCUGUUCAGCUACAGAGUCUCCGUCGGCAAGUCCAGUCUGGACCUUGGAAGAACCCAUUCGAAGCGUCCUUCUCCAGUUUGAAUGUCGUAAUUGUGUUUCCUUAGUCCCUCUACAAUCGCGUCUGCCGUAACGCCCUCCGUCACCGACGGGAGCUCCGGCGAAUUUCCGGAUGUGUGCUACUGUGCGUCGCGUGCAUUGUGCGUUUAAGGCCUGUCACCAAAGCUCACUUCUUUCCAUAUCAAACACAUCUCCUCUGUACAUUCUUUCCCUUCUCUACAAAUCCCGAGUUUCACAUUUCGCCUCCUUCUCUUCUGACAGCUCAGUUUACUGCUCAACAUCGCAUUUUUCUGAUAGAAAUUUUGAUUCUCUUCAACAGUUUUCCCCUUUCAAAAAUUUGUCAAUCACUGAAAAUUAUACUGUAAUUACUUCAAAUGAGAGGCGUAGAAUCCUUGUAGGGUUAUCGAAAAUAAUCAAACAAGAAAAUGCGUAUCUUUUGAAUGCAUUUUCUAGUCAGUUUUGCCCAUACUAUCUUGCAGAAAUUAUGAAAUCAUUCGAUAACCGGGGAGUUGCAGUUUCAUUCUUCAAAUAUGUAUUUCAAGAUUACUCCGAGGGUAUGGUGCAAUCAGGCUGCAUUGCUGCGCAUCUAUUGGCUGCUAUGCAACUGAGAUUGAUGGCACAGGAUGUGCUUUCUUGGAUAAUUAGGAGGAUUGGGAAAUCCAGGAGUGAUGAAGUUGUGGAAUUCAUGUGGAGAGAGCAUAAUUUAUAUGAGUCAGAUUAUUCAGUACUUGAUUCAUUAAUGCGGGCAUUUUUGAGCGCAGAAAUGAUUCCUGGAGCUUUGAAGAUUUUGAGUAUGAUGAGGGAGGCUGGAGCACAGCCAAGUUUGUCAGCAGUAAGCAUUCUGUUUAAAUUAUUGCUUAGGUUCAGAGAUUACGGUAGUGUGUGGAAGUUAUUUCGUGAUAUGUUGCAUAAAGGGCCUUGUCCUAACCUUUAUGUAUAUAAUGUGAUGAUUCUUGGGUUUUGUAAAAGUGGGUGUCUUCAAAUUGGAGAGAGUUUGUUACAUUUAAUGAGAAAGUUUGGAUGUGAACCAGAUGCCAUAACUUACAACAUUUUGAUAAAUGCUUACUGUAUGAAGGGUUGGACUUCUGAUGCAUUUAAUUGGUUGCAUUUGAUGAUUAAACACGGGUGUAAUCCUAGCAGCAUUACUUUUGGUACCAUUGUCAAUGCUUUGUGUAAGGAGGGCAACAUUAUUGAAGCAAGGAAAAUCUUUGAUGGAAUGCAAGAAAUUGGUGUCUCUGCAAACACUGAAAUAUAUAAUGCCUUGAUGGAUGGCUAUGUUAAAGCAAGGGAAAUUGAUCAAGCAAAUGCCCUUUUUGAAGAAAUGAUAAAGAAAGGAGUUGUUCCAGAUGGUAUAACUGUCAACACUUUGGUGGCAGGGUACUACAAGUAUAGGAGGGAAGAGCAUGCAGACAGACUGUUAAGAGAUCUAAUUAUGAUGGAACUAAUUCCAGAUUGUUCAUUAACUGAUGUAUACAUUGCUGGAUUGUGUUGGGCUGAAAGGUUGGAUGAGGCUGUAGAACUGUUGCAUACUAUGCUUGAAAGGGGAAUACCUCUUAGUGUAAUUGCAUUUAAUUCCAUUAUUGCUGCUUAUAGCAGAGUGGGAUUAGAAGACAAUGCAUUUGAGAUUUAUAAUAUUAUGGUAAAAUUUGGUCAAACACCUUCAGCUUCCACAUGCGCUAGUCUACUUAUGUGCUUGUGUACCACAGGGAGGCUGCAUGAAGCUAAGGAACUAAUGACCAAGAUGAUUGCAAUGGACUUCCCUAUUAGCAGAAUCUCCUUCACUGUUCUGUUAGAUGGGUAUUUCAAGAAAGGGGACACAGCUGGAGCUCAAAUUCUGUGGGAAGAGAUGGCAAGGAUGGGUAUGGCUCCUGAUGCUGUUGCUUUUUCUGCAUUCAUUGAUGGACUAUGUAAAACAGGGUUUGUUGAAGAAGCAUAUAAUGCAUUUCUGGAAAUGACAAGGAAGGGACUUGUGCCAAAUAAUUUUGUAUACAACUCUCUAAUUGCUGGUUUUUCUAACAGUGGAAAACUGAAUGAAGCUCAGAUAUUGGAGAAGGAGAUGAAACAGAGGGGUCUUUUCCCAGAUGCCUUUACAAUUAACAUCAUUAUUAAAGGGUUAUGUAUGCAGGGGAGGAUGCAAUCAGCCAUAGACACUUACAUUGAGAUGCAACAAAGUGGAGUAAAACCAGAUAUUGUUACUUACAAUACUUUGAUUGAUGGAUUUAUCAAAGCAUUUGACAUGGCUAAUGCUGAUAACUUAGUGAAUAAAUUGUUUGCUAGUGGAUGGGAACCAGAUAUUACUACCUACAACAUAAGGCUUCAUGGUUUUUGUACUAGUAGGAAGAUCAAUCGAGCUGUCAUGAUGUUGGAUGAACUUGUCUCAGCUGGGUUAGUUCCAAAUACAGUUACAUACAACACUAUGAUGAGUGGUGCUUGCAACGAUAUACUGGACCGUGCUAUGAUUUUGGCUGCAAAGUUGCUUAAGAUGGCAUUUAUCCCUAAUAUUGUCACCGCUAACUUACUACUAUCUCAACUUUGCAAGCAAGGGCUCCCACAGAGAGCUUUGAUGUGGGGCCAGAAGUUGAGCCAGAUUGGUAUAGAGUUUGAUGAAAUAACAUAUAAAAUAUUGGAUAGAGCAUUUUUUGAGAUACAAGAUUAUACUGAUUGUACUAAAGGAAUGACAGAAAAGAGUCUAUUCCUAGACAUUCUCAUGUACAUUACUUGUGACUAUUUGUAUAGAAACAGGGCCAAUUAUGAUAGAAGUGAUUAUAGUUUUGAGAUAGUUGAUGGACCUGGCGGGUCCUUAAAGCUGGUGAAUAGGGUAAGUUUGUAAUAAUAUGGAAAGUCUGAGAAUCAAUGGUGUGGAAAUUUGUUGAGAUCCAUCCAGAAAAUUGCUAUGGAUCUAAAGCAAAAAGGGGGAUAUGUCCUUGGAGAAGGAAGGUGCAGUCUCCACACCAGUGUCAACUUUGAUCAUCAGAGUUUGGCCCUUGAGCAGGCUCUACAAGUGUAGUAUUGAUUGAAGCUGUGAUGCUGAUGGUGGAAGUUCUCCAAACUGGCACAAUUUUGAGCUGGUGGAUGAUUUUGAUGCUUUCAAGGAGAGAAUGCUGGGAUCCAUAGAGAAGAAGCCAGUCCCUUAUUGAAGAGCUUUUUGCUGACAACUCCGGUGCUGGUAUUGUUCUAGGAUUGCUUCCACUUGCAUCUUCAUGGGAGCUUCUUUAGUGUGGAACUGAAGUAAGAAGAAGACUACAAAAGAGGAAGACCAAUGGGAACUAGUACACUUCCUCUCCCCUAACACUGCAACUUCGGUACUGCCAGAAAAUUUGUGACAACCGAUUAAUUUGAGGUGGUGCCAUCGUUAGACCUCCACCUGUCAAUAAGUGUAAGACUACUAAAACCAGCUGCAUAUGGAGCUUACAGGACUAUAAGAUGGAUACGGUGAAGUGGCAGGCAGCAGAGUAAACCCAGGUGGCGGUGAUGGAGAAAGUGUACACAGAGCGAUAGAAGGGAGCUGACAAGGGGAGAGAUAGAGAUGGCCCACUCAGGCGCGUGCUAUGUUGGAAGUUGAAAACGCCCAGAGACUGCAUGUCUAGUUUCCAAAUAUACAUGCUUAUAUCCUAUUGUAAACUAUGAACAACCACCAACCUAACUAACACCCUCUUGUCUGGGCAUAGACAUUAAUCCAGCCAUGUGAGGAGGGGUGGUGCUAUGUUGAGGCUGUUGGCUGUUCGUUGGUGAGUCUUUGGAGAUGACCAUACGGGGAUUAACUUUUCAUUACUCCAGGUACUUUUCAACUUACAACUGCCAUGAGAAAACGUCCAACACUGCUAUUCCAAAUUUAUUGUUGUAUUGCAUGUGUAUGUAUGUAUGUGUGUGCCCGCGUGCGCGUGUUGUAAUUUUCUAACGACAUUGUUGUUUUUGUAACAUGUUUCAACUACUACCUUUUCCAUGCACAAUGUUGUAUGGCAUAAUACACACACUUGUACUAGAGAAAGGGAUAUGGAUAUUAGGUCUUGCAUUAAUACUCUCCUUGCAAAAG